CCGGAGCAGCUCAGCGCCGCAGACGGACGGACGGACAGACAGACAGACAGCGGGCCGACCAGCUUCUAGAGCACAGCGACAUUCCUACAUUACAUGCCCUGUUUGAUUUAAACCUUCACCAGGACUUUGAGGGCCAGUGUUAGCUUGUUUGGUGCUCUGGCACACCGGGCUGGAGGCUGCUACAGGACUAUGUUCAGGAACACACCAGUUUUCUAACGCAGAGCGACUCAGAGGAGUUUUUUCAGAACUUGGACCUUCUUCCAACUCCAGCAAACUUUUUCUUUACUUUCUCUUCGGUGUGGACAUGGCUUGGAUUACAUGCGGCCUCUUGCUUUCCCUCGGUCUGGUUCUCUCUCCGGGUUUAGUGUCAGCGGAGCGGCAGCAGAGUCAGAGCGGCUUCAGGAGGCUGUACGUGCUGCAGCCCGGGCCGGGGCCGGGGCCGGGGGCGGCCGCCGCGGACGGCGCAGUGCGAGUCAGCUCCAUCUCGACGCGGCGCGGCCCGGCGGGGCAGCCGCACACAUACAACGUGGAGCUCAGCGCCAACUUCGGCGGCCAGGUCCGGACCCGCAGGAUGGGGAACCAGGGGGCUGCAGUCCCGCAGCAGAGCGAGCAGGAGCAGCUCAUGAAGCUGUCCGGGGUGAAUGUCUGUGGAGGGCAGUGCUGUCAUGGAUGGAGUAAAACUCAGGGAUCGCAGCGGUGCACAAAGCCCAACUGUAUCCCUCAGUGCCUGAACGGAGGAAUGUGCCUCAGGCCUCAACUCUGUGUCUGCAAACCUGGCUCAAAGGGGAAGGCAUGCGAACAGAAGACGGUGCCCACACACCCCUUUCCAGCAGUGCCUGGGAAUGGACCCACCAACGGGCAUAACCCCGGUCACACUAAUGGACACAAUAUGGUACCCCAACGGCCCAUUCCUCAGCAAGUGUCUCCUAAUGCUUAUGGCUCUGCCCCCUCUUCAGCAAGCAACAUUGCCCACAUGAAAGUAACUGUCAAGGCAGCGCCGCAGUUUGUGCGACCCCAUUACAUUCAACAACACAUCACACAGCAGAUCCGGCCCAUGCCCAUACACCCAGGUCAGAACCAGCAGUAUGUUAUAAAGCCCAAAUACUACCACACACACUCCACGCACACACAGACGCAUGUCCAGGCCCAGCCUGAGAGGCCCAUCCCCCUAACAGUUGGACACAACCCCAUCCAUGUGGGCAACCAUACAGGACGGAUCAAGGUGGUCUUUACACCCACCAUCUGCAAACUGACCUGCAUAGGGGGCAGAUGUCACAACAACUGUGAGCUGGGAAACACCACUACCAUCAUCAGUGAAAACGGCCACGCCACAGACACCCUGACAGCACCGAACUUCAGAGUAGUGGUGUGUCACCUACCUUGUAUAAAUGGUGGCAAGUGCAGCACCAGGGACAAGUGCCAGUGCCCUCCAAACUUUACAGGGAAGUUCUGCCAGAUGCCGGUUCAGAACGGACACCAGCAACACCAGCAGACAUCAGGAGGCUACAGCCAAACUCAGGUCCACUCCACACACACCCUGCCUCUGACGUACGGCAACGGCCAAACUCCCGUGUUCAGCCCGAGCAUUGUCAACAUCCACAUCAAACACCCUCCAGAGGCCUCUGUUCAGGUGCACCAGGUGUCUCAGCUGGACAAUUACCACAACAAUGGGCACCAGCUGAAAGGCUCCCAGGCAGGCUCCUCUUCAUCCACCAGCUACACCUACCAUCACACCGAGAGCAGCCAACAUCACGGCUACAAUGUGGUGUAUCCCAGCCAGCAUGGCUACCAGGUUCCUCAGUACCAGCCGGUCACCUCAAAGAACACCCUGGGUCGCUGUUUUCAGGAGACAGCAGGCAGUCAGUGUGGGAAGGCUCUACCAGGUCUCACUAAGCAGGAGCAGUGCUGUGGGACCAUUGGUACCUCCUGGGGGUUCCACAAAUGCCAGAAGUGUCCAAAGAAACCAUCUAUCCCUCUGAUAGAUUGUCCUCAGGGUUACAAGAGAAUCAACAGUUCUCAUUGCCAAGAUUUGGAUGAAUGCCAGCAGGGUGCGUGUCCCAAUGGAAACUGUCUGAACACGGUUGGCAGUUACAGGUGCAUGUGUAAACCUGGCUACGUACCCGACCCCACGCUCACCAAGUGCAUAUCCAACACGCCUGCCGUCCAAGAGGAGAAGGGGGCUUGCUUCCGUUUGGUCAGCUCAGGGAGGCAGUGUUUGCACCCAGUGUCUGCCCAGCUGAGCAAACAGCUCUGCUGCUGCAGUGUGGGCAAAGCCUGGGGCCCUCGUUGUGACAAAUGCCCCCCUCCAGGAACAGCUAAAUUCAAAGAAAUCUGUCCUGGUGGAAUGGGCUACACUGUUCUGCCAAAUCCUCCGGUCCACAAGCCAGUGAGUGUUUACCAGGAGCCUACUGACCUGUUACUCCCACAACCCCUGCCAACCCCAGAGAGACCAGUGGAGGCUUUUGGGAAACCAGAAGAAACUAUACCAGUAGCAACAACUGCACCAGAUCAGGAGCUGGUAGUGCCUGUGGUUAGCAAUAGGCCAGUAGUUGAACCUCUCCUGCCCCAGCUAUCUCCAGGUGUGUCCACUGUCAAGAUGGAGGCUGCCUACCCAG